AUGCCUCUGGGCAUGCACUGCAAGCCCUGGUACAGAGACAAUCUACCUUCCAAGUGUUUUGCGAAACACAAGGUUCUCAAAUUCCCCACCUCCCUGGAUGGUAAGCGGUGGAGAUUUGUGAGAGAGGGGCUGGACGACUUCAGGAAGGGCUGCCCGCCUUGUGACGAUCUGAUCACUCGUGGCCCUAAGAAGGGCUUCCUCCCCGUGAUUCCGCAAAAAGUGCCCCAACCUGCCCCCCCGAAGAGCCACAAAGUGGUGGUCAAGGAUGCAGGCCUGUUUUCCAAGCUCUCGCCAGCCCAGCUUGAGCGGAAGGCAUUCAUGGCGGACGUCGACGCCCACCUGACGCGGCAUCCCUUGGCUAUGUUCCCGGAUUUGGAUGCAGACAUACCUGCAGAUCUCCUACUGAAGGUGCUGCAAGUGCUCGAUCCUGACAGGAAGCUGGAGGACACAUGGGCCUACUGCGAGGGCACCAAGAAAAGGAGGAAUCCCCCAAAAAGAGUUCCUAAUACUCAUUAUGCAAAUGCCUACUUAGACCCUCCCAAGAAGAUUCCUGGGGCAUGUCCUAACAAUUUGUUUCGUUCGGAAAUGUCAAACAAGGGUUUACGCAAGCUUCUUUCUCAACGUAGAAGAGCUCCGAGAAAAGUUCGUGAAUUUUGUAAAUGGGUUGCUAGUUUUGGAGACUUGGGCAUUGAUGAAGACUUCAUCAUGAAACUUUUCGAUGUUAGCCUUGAAUACAAACCAACUCUGGAAACUGCUUCCAUGAAGAAAAUAAACCAGAUUCCUUUGGAGCUAAUGUACAACAUAGACUUACGUCUCCUGAAGGAGAUGGAAUUCUCUUCAGGUGAAGAAAACUGGGAGAGAAAAAUGCAGAAGCCAAAGGAUCCUUAUAAACCCAAACCUAUGAAGAUAAGGUAUGGUGCAUGGUAUCUAAAGCCCCAUUUGUGGAAAAAGCUAAUAAAUGAUGAACCUUUGAUUGAUCCCAAGGUCUUACAUGAAAGAAUUUUUGGAAAAGAGCCUCCUGAGCCAGACAUUCUUGAAGACCUUUAUGGAACAAUUGCCUUUAAAGAUUUCAUUUUAAGCAAAGGCUAUAGGAUGCCAGUCCUCCUUGAGAGGUUGUUUACCAGGAAGGGAUGGAGAUAUGACUCUGUUAAUACUCCCAUGGAAAGAGCAAUGCGCCUCCAUGCACUCAAAGAUGAUGAUGAUGAGGAG